AACUUAAGAGAGGAAAAAAAAAACGAGCCAGAGACUCAAAUUCGUUGGGAGAUGUGGGCCUUUUGGGUGCUCACUCUCGCCCUGUCUGUGCAGGGCUCAGAAAACGGCAACGACGCGGCGGUAGAGGAGAAGCCGGUUAUCGCCAGGGGUAAACUUCUGGCUCCCAGCGUGGUUGGAUGAAGCAUAAAGAAGCUGCCCGAGCUCCAUCACUUCCUCAUGGAGCGAUGGGCAUUAUACCACAACUUGGAAUAUGAUUCAUCGGAGGAAAAGAAUCCCCGUCUGAUAUUUUAUAAUGAGAAGGAUGAGGUCGUUCAGACGGUUCCUGUGAAGAAGAUGAAGGCGGAGGACAUCAGUAGCCUGCUGGACUCACUGGGUUUCUACAAGAGGUCCCAGAAAGGGGAGGAGGUUCCCGAGGAGUUCAAGCAUUUCCCCCUGCACGCCCCCAGGGACGAGCUCUGAGGACACCUAGUGGUCAGCCCCUCUGCUGCACCCCCACGGUCUCAUAAUGACGACUGGGGCCCCAAGGCUGAUGCCGAGCAAGCCAGGCCCCAGUCCGAGGACUCAGACCGGGGUGCAGCUCUGCAAGGGGUCGCCGCUGUUACAAGUGUAACUCUGAUCAAGCGCUGAAUUCAAACAGAAGUUGUAAUAAAUGUUAAUAUUUCGG